UCGAGAUUUCGGUCGUACCCUCGAACCCGGGUAAUCGCUAUCGAGACCGUGCGAUAGAUUUGUUUUCGCUCUGGGUAGGAAACCUUCGCAUAUUCCAAGAUGAUUAGCGUUGUAGGACGUCCCCACAACUUCAAUCAAUACCUCAAGGCUUCAACACAAGUAGUCGCGUCUCAAGUGAAACCUGUGACUCCCGUUAUCGUCUUGCCAUCUGUCGAAAAGGUGCCCGAACCGCCAGCAAAGCUGAGCCACUAUGCCCUUGCAAAGUCUUUGCCAUCGAACGAGCUUCGAGCUUGCUCUGGGAGCUUUACAAGAGGGUUCCAGAUUCGUAUGGCCCACACUGAUAUUAAGGUGCCAGACUUCUCUGCCUACCGACGACCAUCUUCGGCUGAUCCAACAAAGAAGGCUAAAGACAGCGACGUGAACCGAAAGAUGCAUAGCUACCUGAUCUUGGGCGCUGGAGCGCUGGGCGCAACCUACGGAGCCAAAGCUGUUGUCACACAGUUUGUCAUGUCUAUGGCUGCCGCCGCUGAUGUGCUAGCCAUGGCCAAAAUUGAGGUAAAGCUGGACGACAUCCCAGAAGGCAAGAACGCCACUUUCAAGUGGAGAGGAAAACCACUGUUCAUUCGUCACCGUGGGGCUGAGGAAAUCCAGCGUGAAGGUUCUGUAGACGUCAGUUCCCUACGUGACCCUCAACACGACAAAGAGCGCACUCAGAAGCCAGAGUGGUUAGUUGUUAUUGGUGUCUGCACUCAUCUAGGCUGUGUUCCAAUCGCUAAUGCAGGGGACUUCGGUGGCUACUACUGCCCUUGCCAUGGCUCUCAUUACGAUGCCUCUGGGCGUAUACGAAAGGGCCCAGCGCCACUCAACCUUGAAGUCCCACACUACGAGUUCACCAGUGAAAGCAGCCUGCUUGUCGGGUAGAGUGCUUGCACACAAGCAAGGUUCUUAGGCUGGGCACUGCCAUAGAUUAACUUGCAGUAUCCAGAAAAUGUGAAUAAAGAAACUUUCAAAUUCAA